AUGUGCAUUCCCGUAAAUAUCACCAAGGCUGGAUGGACUGUCGAGCUCGCUUUCACGGUGCCUUUGCCUUAUAAGGUCAGCGAAGAAACAUACCCGGGCAAUGUGGAAGCGAGAAUACGCUCCGAGCCUGCGACCUACACUCGUAUCAGCAAGAACUGUACGGAUGUGUCCAUUCCCAAGAGACACACUUGGCAGUUCUUUUGCCCAACGCUGCCAUCCGUCCUUCCACCGGGUCAUCCACGGCGGAUAGCGCUGCUGCUGUUCGCGGCUCUACAGCAGUAA